AUGCAUACGGCAAUUUUUCCAAAGUGUGUGGCCUAUAAGUUGCACUGCCGAUACAUUAUCAUCCUUUCCUAUAUCAACAAGUUUCCCAUCUUUGUCCUCUUUUUUAAUCCUAAGUUCAGUAAAAACAUAAGUUUUGGCCAGAUCAAUAUAAUUUGUAGUCGCAUGAAUUUUGAAAUGAAAAGGGGUGAUAUUUACAGGGUUGAGUGUGAGUAAUUCAAUAAAUGAGGAGUUGCUAAUACUGACAUUUGUGUGGGGGGUUUCGAAAAAUGAUAAAGCAGUUGUUAUUGCGUUGCCAGAAUCGCGAUCAAUUUUCUGAUGAGUAGACAUUU